AUGUAUCAACCUUCUUCGAUGAUGAGCGCGAAGGCGCUGGGUAGGAUGACACCACAGGAGGACCCAAGAGAGAAUGGCACCAGUGCUAUUGGCGAUGUCCCACGCUUUGUCCAAUUCACGUCGCCGGUCAGUACGGGACGAGUAAAAGAUGGCUUUGGACUCGCACUCCCGCUCAACAUUGUCGCAUUGAUUGUACAAUGGCUGGACGAUACGGGAGAUCUUGCCCGAGUAUGUCGUACUUGUCGCCUGCUCUACUACAUGACUUCGCCGCUGCUGUACCGCCGAGUCACGCUCCACUCCUACCCAGACAUACGAUAUGUGAAUGGCAGACCCGAAGGCUUUGGAGGAGGAAGUCCGUUCGUGAUGGCAUUGAAUGGGUUGGUGACGAUGACGCAUGCGGAGCUCGUGGAGGAGUUUAAACUAUGGGGCGGGUGGAGGGAACACGGCCAAGAUGAUUUUGCGAAGGGGAGGGUGCCGGAUAAUAGCAUGAUGUUGAACAUUCUGCUGAGAGCGGCUACGGACAAGAUGGUGAAGCUCAGGAGUUUCUGCUGGCAACUGGAUUGCAAGCCCUUGAAGACGCUGUAUCUGGGGCUAUCGGCGCAUACAACGCUCACGUCCUUGACGAUCAGGUUUCCAACGAGUAGGGUCCCCAGGCCGAGUGUCAUGAUCCCGCCCAUGGCGAACUUGCGGGCGUUCAAGGCCAUGGAUAUCGAUCCACUGUGCUACCCAGACGACAUCUCGAUGCUUCUGCUGCACUCACGUAAGCUCGAGGAUCUACGCUUACACUGGUCCUCCCGCAUGAGACGAGAAGCCGAGCCAUCGUUGAGCCUCGACACCUAUUUCGGUCGCUGUAUACGAGCAGGCUACUCGAUGAAAGUCAAACAUAUCGGCCUCCAAAACUUCUUCGGCAACAACAUGCGAGGCAUGGAAGAAAUACUCGAUCGAGACGCUUGCCGGAGCAUGUGUGCAUUAGACAUGUUUGGUGGCGUUGGCUCGCGCAUGAGUACUGCACGGAACGUCUACAUCGAUGAUUCGUGGAGGCAGAUACCACCUGAAAUGCGCUGUGCUUUCCGCCAAAUGCGCACGAAUGAGGUUGCACCACAACACGUCGAGCUAAUCCGUCGUAACGAGGUGCCACUGGAGAACAUGUACUUUGUCAGCCACAAGUAUUGCGAAGGAAAGGCGGAUAGUACUGCGAGUCCAAUCACGCCAGAGUAUGCGCCCAUGGGUUCAGAAGAAGAGAUGACGAGGCUAGGGAAAGACUACCUCUCCGUCCUUACAGGACCCAACUCCAAAUCACUGAAGCAUCUACUCCUGCGCGACGAAUGGGCUCUGACAGAAGAAGAGAUCAGUAACCUCGUGCGCAGUUGUCCGAAUCUAGAACAACUCGGCAUGGCGUUGGGUACGAAGAGUCUUGCCAUCAUACCCCUGUUGAUCCCUUUCCUCUCGAAGCUCCGUGCUUUCCGGAUACUACACAACGAACACGUGGCGGAGAACAUGCGAGUCAUGUCUCAUGAGCAGCGCAUGGAGAUGAUGAGUAAGGAUAUGUGGAAAGGAGGGAUGAAGGAUUUGCAAUAUAUCGGUAUCGGCGACGCUGUGUACAAGGUCGGUAAAAUUUACCAAGUCACCAUGGAAGAUGGCUCGUUAGAGUGGCGAACGGAGGUCACGUUGGGGUCGCAGGCCGAAGUGCAGAAUAUGGAGAUCUGGGGACUGGAUAAUCUUGACAUCAGUGCUGAGCCUGUUGCGAAGUUCGCGCCUUGA